AGUAUCCAAAAGGUGUCUAUAUCCCGAGCAAUUUCACUUUUCCAGAAGGAAUUGUUUUUAAAUUUAUGUUAUAUGUUGGUGGACUUGCCUGCUAUAUAUGUAAUACUACUAGUGGUCAAUGGGAAGAAGAUACAUCCCGUAAUUUAUUUUUUAAUCACAAAGAAGAUUUCGCCGAUUACCCCUUUUCACCUGUGGGAUAUGUAGAUUUCAGAGGCAUAUCAGCUAUUCCAAGUGAUACUUCAGUAGCGAAUGUAGCUUUUAUUGGCGAUGCACCAUCAUCUAAUCCAGAAAAUUAUCAUGAAGAACUUCUUUCGGUUGAAAAUACCACAGGACAAGGGGCAUUUUCAGAUAUUACUCAUGUUAUUCUUACAAAUUGGAAUGGCGGAGCAGCACCAGCAAUUAAUUUAU